AUGCUUGCUGGAUUAAGCAUACUUUUCAACACUGCAACUGCCCCAUUUAUUCACAAUGUACCGGUACCGUUGCUCUUCUCUCAGCUAAAUCCUCGCGAUUCUACUGGAAUCAAGCCAAUCAUCCACUAG